AUGCUUCUACAUUUACUUAGUGCUCUUACACUUCUGUUAGCUUCUGAAGAUCUCGUUUGUCAUCCUUUCCUAAGCGAAUUUUCAACGCUUCGUUUCCGUACCACUGCGGAUCUUCAAUAUAUUGAACUGGCUGUAACGGAAGAGUGCCGAAGCAAUGUGCAAGCUAUGAAGGAAAUGAAGAUUUCCUCAUAUGGUCUGUUAGUACUCAACACGAAGUCACCUCUGAAAGAUAAGGAACGCAAGUUCUUUACUUCGAUCUUCGCAGACUUCAACAAUGAAAAAUGGCCUAAAAACAAGGAAUUCCAAGCCUUCUUCGUUAUCGGAAGUCAGGAACCCGAUGGCAGUGUAGUUCCACCUGGAAACUUUCCACGAGCGGAGCGAAAACUGCAUUUCAACUUUUAUAAUCUUAAGGCUAAAGCGGCGAAAUGCUCUCGGUUGAUCAACUGGGCGUUCUGCAAUCUCCCUUCCGAUCAGCAAGAACAAGGGCAGAAAUCGCCACACGAAUUUUUCCCUUCGUCUAGCAGAACGGAGCCUCCGCAGAUUCAUCACGAAGACUAUUACCGUGAUGGGCAAUCCGUUUUCAUCGUUUUGCAUUUCAAAGGGAAGGACGCGGAGCACUUUGCCAAAUUAUUCAGCUAUGUAGAAACCAGUCGCAGAGGAAAUGCAGUGUAUCGAGAAAGAAAUCUACACAUAACACUAGAAAAACAAGAGUGGUUGUCGUCUCGAAUAGUUGAUAUAGUCGUCUUUUCUCCAUCAGACGAUGUUUCGAAGGUGAUACCGAUGGAACGAUUGGACAAUUUGUGGCCAGACAUCAAUCGCCAAAUGGUCUUCCAUGUCCUUCCAGAAAACUCCUUGACUCCUCAGAACUCCGUCUCUCUUUGCGGCUCUAAAUGGGCAAUCACUAAGAGGACUCCCGGGUAUGACAACGAAUGCGAGGGCGAAGGGUUUGACAGAUACCUUGAACAAUGGAAUAGACGUCCUGAUAACCCCAUUAGAAGGGGUGGAAUGACGACGACUACGACAACUACGACAAUAUCUCCAGUCGAGGGUGGAAGUCCAGAUCGAGAAUAUCCUGGCUCGCCUACUGAUUUCGGCGACACAGCUGCGGAUGAGUUCCCUGCUUUUCCCCUAGGUAACGCUGGCCUCCAAUAUUCUAGAUUGGAGGCCAGCAUGUCGAAGCUGCUAGAGAAGGUGCAGCAUAUUGAGAACAAACAACAAAUGUUCGGCGAUGCUCAGAUGGCGCUCGCCGCUGAAUCGCAACAUACAACGAACCUCCUCAAAACUAUGAUGAGCGAGUUAAAGGAGAGAAAUGAGUUACAGAAAGCCGAGAUAGAGUUGGAGGAUCUGAACCUUAGAAGGAAAUUCUGUCUCCAUCGCGAUGAGAACGCGCAAACAGCUCUUCGUCGUAAUCUUCAGCAGGUUGGAAUUAAUGGCGAAUCUUUCACUGUGAAACAAAUAGAAGCUCUGGUGAACAAGCCUUACUUGGAGUACUAUAGAGACGCUUCUCGCCCCCAGCUGGACUUCAUGCGAUGUUCUCUUUGUAACAAAGACGAAAUUAGGUUUAAUCCAGAGGAUAGAUUUCGAACGUGCGCAAGCGAGCAGCAGAUGUUUGGAAAGAACGUGAACCUCCUUGGGAGAGGAAGAGUUUUGUGCUUAAAUAAGAUGUCAGGUAGUGCCUCACGAAACCCCAGGUACGGUAUCAGCCGUGUUCUGAAUCGCUUAACAUUUCACGAAGCAUCAAAAGCGCACACAAGCCUUUUGGAUAGUUUUAAGAGGGAAGCAGCAAGAGUUCGAGACAGUGUAUCCUCAGAGAACGUCGCAGCAACUGUCACAUCUACUUUUGCAGCGUACACGAUUGCAAAAGAAGGACUUCCUUACUCAACACAGUUCCCUCUUCUUGUUAUGGCUAUGAGAGCCGGAGCAGUUGGAACCAGCGCACACUAUGAUCCCACUACUGUGCAUCGGAUGAUCAAGUCAUUUGCUGUACACAUGAAGUAUGACCUAGUAAAAUACUUGGUCCAAAACAGAAUGCCAUUCUCAGUGCUUCUCGAUGGAUCAACUUCAUCGCGUGGAGUAAAAUGGAUCGUUUUCCUAGUAAAGACUGUCUCACCACAGCAUAGGCCUAUAACAUUCCACUUUUUUCUUUCUGAUGUCGAGAGCGAAACAGCGAAUCACACCGUGGAAGCCUUCUUGGGGCAUUUGAAUGAGAUGGAAUCGUGGGCUGAAGCUCCAGGUUUGAGCGAAACCAUUAGGAACUAUGCAAUGAAGAAUAUGGUAGGUCUGUCAUCCGACGGCGCUGCAGUGAUGCAAGGGCAUAUCGGUGGGGUCUACGCAAGGAUGAAGAAUUUGAUACAGGAGAGCACGAGAAACGAUGCUCAUCCACGGAAUAACCUCAUUCUGUCAGUGUGUAUGGCGCACAAAUUAAACCUGGCAGUGACCACUGAGAGAGGAUAUUUCUUCCAAUUAACAGAAGCAGUUGCUAUGGAAAUGUACCACAUAUUUGGAACUACGGUGCGAACGGUAGGGAGAAGAGUAUACAAGAGAGUUGCUAAGCAAAUGGGCUACCCCUAUCUACAAAUGAGGGCACUAUUCAAGGUGCGAUGGGCUGCAAGUUUAGUGAAUUCAGUUUCCAACAUAUUGCGUGUGUAUCCAGUUCUACUGCAGACAUUAGAGAUACUUAAAAGCCGCAAUCGCUUUCCGGCUGAAACAGUGAAACGAGCAAAAAUCGCAUCGUGGGUUCUCAUGGAUGGUCGCACAUUCAUUGCAAUGCACCAUGUACACACUGUGUUAGAAGUUCUUGCUUAUAUCUCAUUGUCACUCCAGGAAGAGGAAGCCCUCCCUAUUGAUCUAGCUUCAUCUUGGAGGGGGACUGCUGAAGCUCUGACUAGCAACAUUUAUAAUAUUAAAACUGAGCGGCAAAUCCUUGAAAGAGGAGUGCUCAAAAUGUACGACAGAUCGACAAACAAGUACGGGUCUGCUGCUUGCGUUUAUCCGAAGGCAUUCAAGGACUACUCUCCCUCACGCGGCGGUCAUUCGGAAGAAGAGGAGGAGGAACAAGAACAACCUGAAGUACAAGAAGAAGAACAGGAAAGCAGAGCAAUGCUCAACAUAAAAUUGUUCCGAAAUUUAGAGCUCGCAGAAGCGCCCGCCGGAAUAAGUUUGACUCAAGAAGAUCCCGACUUGGCUUAUCAUAUUGAAGACUCGCCGGACUUCGAUUUACGACAACUCCGAACUGUCACCCUAGGACGAGUGUAUGAGGCUACCAAGCCGACUACGUCGGUUGCAGACGCUGCAUUUCAUUUUUAUCAAGAUGUUGCUAGGGCUUUGCAGCAACAUAUGGAAAGUGGAAGGGAGUACGAACUUCGGGCGAGUGACCUGAUUGCAUUAAAAAGGCAAACAAUCAUAGAUAUUGUGGAGUUUGCUGGAGACUUUGAAAGUGGAAUUAUAGACUACGUGCCAAGUGAUUGGAAUUUCCCUGACAGAGGAUGUCCAGAAUAUAUAAAUCAAGAAGAGCAGAGAUUCAAUCCCAGCUUGCGACAUGAGCUCAUCCUCCAUUCCAUUGGAACCUUAGAGCGAUACUGCAACAUCGCAGUGCGAGAUAAAAAAUUCGGUAGCCCGUAUUUGUACGAACAACAUCUGAAAAACUCCCAUAAAUUUGGAAUUGCGGAGGAAGUGGCGCAGGCUAUCAGAUGUGUUCUGGUAAUUCCUGCCAGCAAUGCAGAUUCUGAGCGAAGUUUUUCGGCAGCAAAUCGUCUAUCCAGGGAAGAGCGCAGCAAUAUCAACACGGAAACGCUUGACCACUUAAUGACUGUUCAACGCAAUGGACCCAGCUUGUUAACUGUGAAGCUGGAGCAGCUGGCUUCCCAAUGGAUACAUCCUCUACCAGGACUGCGUUUGCGACCUGGGAAACCAUCCACAUAUGAAAAAGAAGGCAGUCUUAUGAAAGAAGUCAAACAUGCUAUUGCUACUGGUAAUGUGGACUCCCUAACCGCCUUGAACGUGCGACGACAUAUGAUUUUGCACGGUUUGAGCCACCGAAGUGACUCUGACGUCAUGAAGCAUAGAUUAGAAGAGCAGGAAAAUGCUAAAUCGUCCAUCUUCAAGAUUGGCUCAAAAAGCGCAGUAUUUUCAUCACCAGAAUUAUGA